AUGGCCGACCUUCUGCGACCCAGAUUGCCUCCCAUCCACACAAACCACACUAGAAAUGCGAGUUCUCUCACUGUGGAAUCCGACAGCGACUGUUCCCCCACUCCUUUCGACGACGAUAUCGAGUUCAUGUUGCACCCGAACAACUCAGCCUCAACCCUAGGAGCCCUGACUGCGAUCAGGGAUAACGAGAUGGAAGUUGAUAUGGAACACAUUGCUCGGCUCUCGCCUAUACAGAAAUUGCCGCCCGAGCUGCUGAUCAAUGUGUUCAACAAGCUCACCACCACGGGCGACUUGCGGAACUGCAUGCUGGUAUGCUACCAUUGGGCUCUGUACACGGUCAACAUCUUAUGGCACCGGCCGCUGUGUAGUAAAUGGUCUAAUCUUCUCAACGUUGCGAGAACACUAUCUGAUGGUUACCCGUCCUUUCCAUACCACGAGAUGGUGAAACGAUUGAACUUGUCGGGCAUCGCGGAUAAGGUCAACGAUGGAACGAUUCAAGCCUUCGUCCAUUGCAAGGCUGUGGAAAGACUGACCCUGACGAGCUGUUCGCGCUUGACAGACUCUGCCGUCAUGGGUCUAGUUGACGGGACGAAGAGACUACAAGCCUUGGACGUGACGGAUCUUGAAGCCUUGACUGAUCAAUCUAUGCUCCGUGUGGCCGAGAACUGUCCAAAAUUGCAGGGGUUGAAUGUUACAAAUUGCUCAUUCAUCACAGACGAGUCUCUGUUGCAAAUCGCCCUGAAUUGCACACAAUUGAAGAGGCUCAAACUGAAUGGUGUUGCGAGAGCCACAGACGAGUCUAUAAUCGCUGUGGCCGAAAACUGCCGUUCCAUCCUCGAGAUUGACCUUGCAGGCUGUCACUCUAUCAGCUCAGCCUCGGUCACAGCGCUCCUUUCGAACUUGCCUCAUCUUCGGGAAUUACGUCUUGCUCAAUGUGUCGGCAUCGACAGCCAUGCCUUUACCGACCUAAAAUCAGGCCUCAAGUUUGAUGCUCUUCGGAUACUUGACUUGACAGCAUGUGAUGGAGUUGGCGACGACGCUAUCGCACGAAUCAUAUCUGCAGCACCACGCGUACGAAACCUCGUGCUUGCCAAGUGCCGCAAUAUUACAGACCGUGCCGUACGAGCCAUCUGUACAUUGACCAAAAAUCUGCAUUACAUCCACCUCGGCCAUUGUCAGCAUCUGACUGACAAUGCCGUCAUCGAACUCGUCCAGCAGUGUAACAGAAUACGCUAUAUCGAUUUAGCUUGUUGCUCGAAGCUCACCGAUGCCAGUGUGCGACACCUUGCCAAGCUGCCAAAGCUGAGGAGAGUCGGCCUGGUGAAGUGUCAAAACUUGACAGACGCGAGCAUCGUUGCUCUGGCUCGAGGCCCGUAUGGUUCCGGCUCUGGCAGGCCCGGCAUGCCCACCCAGUUUGUGUCUUUGGAAAGAGUGCAUCUGAGUUACUGCACAAGCUUGACGCUGAAAGGGAUUACCCAGCUUCUGCUGAACUGUCCUCGACUGACUCACCUAUCUUUAACUGGCGUGCAAGCGUUUCUCCGCGACGACUUGACCCGAUUCUGCCGCGAAGCACCUACGGAGUUUACACAUGUGCAGCGAGACGUGUUCUGUGUCUUCUCUGGUGACGGAGUUGCACGACUAAGAGAAUACUUGACUCGACUCGCCGUCGAACAGCAAGAGCGCGAACAGGAGCAGCAGAACGCCAUUGACGAGCAAGUCGUGGGUCCUGAUAGUCCGGAUGCCGACAGCUUAUCCGACGGCACAAUAGAUGGAAAUGACCAACAGCCUAUUGACCUUGUCUUUGGCCCUGGUCGACACGGCAUGCCACGGACAACAACACGCAUAAGAGCCAGACCAGCAAGCUUCCACGAUCUCCCUCAUCCCAACUUCCAUAUCGAAAUGCCUCUGCUUCCAAGCGAGCAGAUGCAGCGCAUGGGGCCGUGGACACCAGGGAUGAUGACACCCGAUAUGAGAGGACGACCUACACCACAAUAUUACAACACCGUGGCUCCGCUUCAGUUUGGACAGCAAAUGGGGCGGCGAACCCCCAGCCCACUGCCGACGCCGGCAUCACUAGACACAGAAAGUCAAUCAAGAUCUCGCAGCCAGUCUAGGAGACAUACCAUGGACGCUUCGAAUGGUUUCUUUGGACCUCAGCCUGCGAGAGGCACGUUUAGCAAUACAAGUGCUUCUUCAAGAGCACCACAUCCCGAGCCUGAACUAUUUAGCUCCGACCAUAUGCAGUUGCCGGUUUUUCAGACUUCCAUUCAUGGCGCACCCUACAUGCCAGUUCGGCCUCCAACCAGACAUGGCACCUCUGGUCUGAGACCAGAUCUUAAUGUCAGCUCGUUUGAGGUCAAUCAUGAUGCCAUCCUCUCCACAAUACCGAACAGUCGUGGACCUAGCAGGGGACCAUCAAGGUCUCACAGCCCGCACCAUCCACAGCUGCCUAGAGUGCAGAGCAGAUCCAGGAUAGGCAAUUACCUCAAUCGUGGGAUGGUGACGAGAACACCCUCCUAUGCUGAUGUAGCACAUACUGAGCUGCCUCCAGCCAGUCGCAAUGUGGGAAUUUCAAGGCACAGAUCGGAUCAAGACCACGCUCCAACACAAGCAACAAUAGCCAGAGACUUUGACCACGAGUUACGGUACGAUUACUAUCCCGAACCCUCAACAUUACGGCGAGCCCAACCUCCUCUGCUACCACGAGGGUUUAUGGCACAAGCGGUGAUGUCGUCUGACACGCCAAUGAGCUCAUCAGACGAGCUUGCCAAUCCUCAGAAUCGCGACGGAGAGAAUAUAGGCGGCCGAGACGAUGUGAACAUGACACAAUAG